CGAGGAACAUCGAAUGGUUUAUUCAAGAUUCACCAGAAAAGAAAAUAGAGUCCAUCAGGCUGUUGCAAGCGCCACCCACCCUCUUCGAUUACUUCGCUGCAAUCAACACUUCAACCGGCAUACACGCUCUUCAAUUACUUCUCUCCCUUAAUAGAUAUGCGUCCGAAGACCGACUUUGUUUCACUCACGGGAUCUAUCCCCGGUACAGAGCAUGGGAAUGCAAUGAAAGAGUGUUGACGGUGUAGGCUGGAUGGGGAUGGUGGCGCAUGUAUGAUGAAUGAUGAUGGUAGUGGUAAUGGUGGAAGAAGGAUGAUGUUCGGUUUGUGAGAUCCAACCCAAAAACUGGUGGAGAUAUUGGUAUAUGGUCUCCAUUUCUUUUUCUUAUUUUUACAGGUGCAUGGAUGGUGGGUAAUUUAGGCUGGAAUGGAGAAAUAAGGGUGGUGUUAGGGUAGCUCGUCGGAGCUAUCAAAUACGCCGAAAAAGGUUUAAGGUUGUGGGUUGUGGCUCUUGAAGACGAUUGAUGUCGAUCUUUUUAAUUCCAUAAAUCCCCAAAAGAGUUCAAACUCAACAAAACUCGUUGAAGAAGAUGAACGGAAACUCGUCUGAACUGUCAAAUAUGACGGUGACCGACUAAACCUAAAAUUACAGUCUUCCCUCUGACGCCAAUAGUCGCCGACGACCAAGACAAAAGAUAAAUCGAACUAGAGAGCAGUUCCAGAUUCUGGCGUGGUGACGAAUCGAUACCUUGCUUCUAAUGCAUGAAUCAGUGAUCUUAUAGACGAUCCAAAACCAGUUCGAUUAGUAGGGGUCUUAGGGUUUUCAUCUGAGCGUGUGUUAUGGAUUUCCAGAAGAAGAGAAUCCAAUUUCUUAGUUUUAUUGUUGGCGUUAUCGUCCUCAGUUUCACAGCUGAAAAAUGCAGACAAAUGGUUGGAGAAACGGGAUCAUCCCAAAGUGGAAAGUUCACCAUCUUCAACUGUUUAGAUGGGGGUUCAGGAACAUUAGCAUGCAUAGUAAAAGAAAGUGUAAAGCUUUACACAUACAACAUCAGAACACUUCAUGUUGAAGUAGCAAGAAACAAAGCAAUCGAAGCAUCACUAGCAGAUGCAAUUUCACAAGGCAUGGAAGCCAAGCGCUGCAAACAAGCCCAAAAAGAUGGAGCCAAAGCUGCAAAAAUGGCGACCCGGAAAGCUAAACGGAUCAUAGGCCCGAUUAUUUCUUCCGGGUGGGAUUUCUUUGAAGCCAUUUAUUAUGGAGGAACUGUGACUGAAGGGUUUCUUAGGGGUACAGGAACAUUGUUUGGGACUUAUUUUGUUGGGUAUUUAGGGGAAGAAAGGUUUGGGCGAUUUGGGUAUUUGGUUGGAAGUCAAUUUGGAAGUUGGAUUGGUGGAAGGAUUGGGCUUAUGGUUUAUGAUGUUGCUAAUGGUGUUCAUUUCUUACUUGGGUUUGGUCAAUUUGAGGAGAAUGUUGGUCAACGGGAGGAGAAUGUUGGUCAAAUGGAGGAAAUUGUGGUCAACUGGAGGAAAGUGUUGGUGAAAAUGGGUAUGGGGGUUCGUUUCUUGAAAUGGUCAUGGGUUAUGUGGGUUCGUAUUUGUCUGAAGAAUCUCAAGUGUCUGAGGAGGCUGAUGUUUUUGAAGCUCCGGUUUAUGAGAGCUUUGAGUCAACUGAAGAACUUUGAUGAGGUAAUUGUGGAUUUGAAGUUUUAUUGAUACUUUUAUUGGUUCUAUGUAUGUGUAGAAGCAUUGGAACAGUUAUUGCUACUUGUUAAUAUGCAACUGGUUGUGUAUGGAGUGGCAUAAGUUAUUAAAAUUCUAGAUACAUUAACUGCUUAGUUGUAUUGUAACAUAUAAUAAGUUAUGAAGGGGUGGG